AUGGGCUUCCACAGAUCAUCCAAGGGCAUCAAUAUUAGGGAUAAGCAUAUCCUCACUGCUUACUGCCAGCGGCCCUCCGGGGAAUCUAGAUAUUCAGAGUUGGAUCUGAAUGAAUUUAUUGGAGCAAACAAGGGACAACUGGCCUGGGGCUCCCACGACUUCUCGAGAAGUUCACGCAACGUCAACUUCCAGCUAGAAGGUCCCGAAAACAAUCCCAUGCUGUAUGCCCAACUCGAAGAUAGCGAAGGAAACGUCCGAGAGAGCCAAAUGAACCUGGCAGAUUGCAUCAAAAACGAAGAUGGCCAUCUGAGCUUCAUGGAAUGUUUCUAG